AUGGAGAAGACUACAACAAGAGCUGCACCAAUGCUUCUAUUCACCAACACAUUUGCAAAGCAGCUAGGGUUUUCUGCUCUCACAGUUGGAUCAAUAUUCACAUCAAUGCAAAUUGCUAGAGUGAUUGGAAAACUCGUUUUUGGUGCUCUGACAGAUAAACUUCAAGCUCACAAACAGAUAGCUCUGAUGAUGUACAUUCCACCCCUACAAAAAGAAAUAUUCUCGGAAAUCUAUUGCGGUAGCUCGAUGAAUAUUUUCUUGAAAGUGUGCUCAUCGAAAGAUUUUAAUAAGAAGAGCACUUGUGAUUCAGAAGCAACAGAUUUCAAUUUCGCCACAUCGUCAAUACGCUGUCAGAUGCAGUGUAUUGUGAAUCAAGAUUUGUAUAGAACUGAAUGUAGAAAUGCAGGACCACCAACAACAAAUAUAUGCAAACUUUUCCAAAAAGGGAAUGCAGAUAUUUCAACUGAUAGAAUAUCUCUUGAUGGAUUUUCUGAAUGGAAUGACGUGUCAGUCUUGGCCAAUGAAGCUCUGCAUCUCAAAACUAAUCUAACAAGUUCAUUUAAAAGGAUGGAAGUCUUAGGAAAUAAGAGCUCCUGCUUCUCAUUCAAUGUACUUUCAAUGGAAGACACAUCGAAAAGCACUCUGGUAUCUUCAACAGAUCUGUUGAAUAGCUCGCAUUGCAAGCAGAAUGAUGUGAAACUGUCUCACUGUAGAACAACAUGCAAUAAUCCCUCGGUAACCGAGUUGGGAACUCUAGUUGAAGUGAAGCAUGUCACUGAGGAGUAUCAGCUGUGGGUGUUCUUAGUGCUGUUGGUGCUUGGAUGCGUCGGUUACACUGUCCUAGUCAGUAUUUCCGAUACAAUGACAUUUACACUUCUUGGUGAAUCUUCUUCGGAUUUUGGUAAAGUUCGACUAUGGGGUUCUGUUGGCUGGGGAACUUUUACACUUAUAAGUGGUAAAUUAGUUGAUGAACUAAGUGAAGAUAAGUUCUUGAAGAACUAUUCUCCAGCUUUCAUUUCAUCUGCGAUUAUGUUAAGCCUGGAUUCUCUGGUUGUGUUUUCGAUGAAAACGUCUGUUAAAAAGAAAUCCAAGAAAUUAGCUCUCGAUGUUGGGAAGAUAUUACUGAAUUUUGAAACCAUCAUUUAUCUUUGCUGGUGCAUAUCAGCUGGUGUAUGUGUUGGACUGUGCAGAGGAUUUUUUUUCUGGUACAUUGAAGAUCUAUCAAAUUGUGAGGAUAAGGCAUCCAUUAAGACAAUGGAAGGGAUGUAUAUUCUUUUUCAAUCUUUUCUUGGUGAACUGCCAUUCUUCUUUAUAAAUGCACGGCUUUCCAAGAAACUUGGUCUUGUCAACUGCAUGUCCCUAGUUUUGCUUCUCUAUGGAAUAAUUUUCUAUACGAUGUCAUUACUAAAUAAUCCUUGGCAUUUUCUACCUCUGGCACUAAUUAAUGGAAUGGCUUUUAGCACUUUAUAUUCAGUUAUGACUUCCUAUGCGAAUAACCUAUCGCUACCUGGAACAGAGACCACAGUACAGAGUAUAGUUGGAUCAGUAUAUGAGGGCUUUGGGCUCUCAAGUGGAAAUUUUGUAGCAGGUCUAAUGAUGAAUAGCAUGAGUGGAAGAACCGUUUUCAAGAUGUUUGGAAUAGCAAUGCUGAUAUUAGGUGCAGUGCACUGUUCACUGCAGUGUAUCAUCUCAAUCAACUAUGCAAAUAAAAAGAAGCUUCCAAAUAACAUAAAUUGUUCCGAACACCCUGACGUGGAAUAUUCAAAACCUAUAGAAUCAACAAUAUAAUAUAACAAUGCUUCAUUCCCAAACGGAAUUAAUAACAAUACUUCGGAAAUGAAAGGUUUACACACCAAAAACUAUUUCACUAAUUAAAAGAAACUUAUCAUAUUAAUGACUAGCAGGUAACCCGUGCUUCGCAAGGGUAUAUUUUAAAACUUUACAAACUGAAAACUUGACGUUAUAAAAUAUUGGAAAAUUGAAAAUAGGCCUAUAACCAUCCUCGGUUAAUAAAGAAUCUUUAUGCAAAA